GUUAUAGUAUUUGAACCUGUAGAUAUAGUUGUUAAAAUUAUUUUUAAAAUCCAACACAAAACAUGGCAUUUACCUUAAAAAUAUUAUGAAAGGCAUUAAGAUAUCAAUCCACUUAUCUUAAAAAGUCGCAUUCCUUAUUAUAUUCUUUGGCCAACUGAAGAAUUUGCCCAUAAUUCAAAAUUUAGCCCACAUUAAGUUAAUAGCUUUGCUAAAUCUACCGCAAAUAUCGGGCAGACAUACCUCGGACAUAUUUCAAUUUCGAUUUCUAGGGGGUGCCCGAAAUAAAUGCCAUUAAAACAUUAAUUUCUCAUGCCAGAACAGCGAAGGCAUUCGCAGCCCAGUCGAUUGGAUUUGUCAUCCCGUUUGGCAAUUGCCAAAAAGUAAACACGGCGGAAGAAAUGACAACAGAGAAUGCGAUGAAAUCGAAAACGAAAACAAUAUGCAAAGCUCUUCCCAAACGAAUAAUUAAGUGCAAAAGGAGCAAAAACGAGAGCCAGCUAAAUAAAUUAUAAUCUCGGCUGCAGUUUGAGUCAUUCUCCGCCGGCUUCUCCCAGAGCUCCCAGUUCUCCAAGAUUCUCCUCAUAGUUUCAGCGAACCGGCUGUGGUCUCAACCAGUUUUAAAUUCGUUUUCAUUAUAAUGGGCUUGUUUUUUUUUCGCAAAGAAAUUAGCGUUUUUCUCCGGGCUUCUGUUUAUAUAAGGCGGCAAGUCAGCUGUUUGGUGUUUUGGUUUGCAGUUUGUUUUGCUUCGGCCAUCUCGUACUCGUAUCUAUAUCUUUCUACUGGGCUAUAGAUUCUAGGCAGAGAUUGCGUGCCACUUGCGAUCGAGUGGGAAAUACCACUGAAAAUGGAGAAAUUUCGUCGGUUGCGUGUUGAAAGUGCGUUGCAUUCUGUGUUGCAAUUGCAGUUGCAUUCGCAAUUGCAUUCACAUUCGCAGCUGCAGUUUGUCAUGUGUGGCACAAGGCAUUUCUUACGCUUGACGAGCGGUAAUUGAAAUAUGUGAAUAAUUGCUAGAUUUGUGAGCCAAAAUGGCAAGCCGCAUGAAGAAAGAUGCAUGGGAAAGCUGUAGAGAUGACAAAUGACCGGGGAAAUUUCUCCACUCGGAGUUGGCUUAUAGAUACUGGGGAUACUUUGGCGAUGUAUCCUAAAGAUUCAUAUCGUCUUAAAUAUAUUGCAAUGCGCUUGAGAUUUCAAUCUAUUAAGUCAAACCCAAACAUGAAACAUAACAAACUAGAUAACUGACUGAAACUUUAUAUUCAUAAAUGUUUAGAAUCGGCGUCCCAAUUGAAUUAGUCUAACAUAAUCAAUAAGUUGGUAAAUACUAUAGUAAGUUGAGACUCCAUGUUGAAUAAAUUCAAUUUUCCUUUGUUACAUGCACUCCAUCAUAAUUGAUAAGUUCCUCGUUCAAAUGUUUACCAAGCUUCUUGAGCAAUCCGCAUUGCACAAAACUCUUUGCAGAAUGAAUUGCAAUACCUUGGCAAUUGUCAUUGUCUGAGUUAGAAUUAUGCAUAUUUUCAUGGACCUUUGUUGCAACGAGCACAAUGGACCGACUAGUUCUUCGUUCUUCUCGGACCUCCAAUUAGGUGUAGACAAUGAUGGGAAAAAGUUCUGUAAAGAACUACAUUGUGCAGUGUUCAAAGUGCUUGGAGACAACAAUUAAUUGAAGAAAUCACGCACGCCCAAAGGGGCUAAAGGGGUUAUAAAUUCUAUGGAAAUGGGGAGCUGGGGAGGUGGAGCUAAGUGAACAAAACAGAGGCGCAAAGUGAAUGACAACCAAUUCCAUGAUGACUUCUGACGGACAAAUACGGCUAACGGGCUCUAUGACCCAAAAGAAUGAGGGAAUACUGCGACAUGUUUUGCAUACACUAGCAGAUACAAAUUGUAUUAUGUAUGCCCUGCAGUUGUUGCCGCCUUUAUGGGCUUCUUUCACUCCAAUUGUGGACGUCAGCUCCGAUCCAUCUGCUCUUCCUUCCUCCCCCUUCAGUUCAGGGAAUUUUAAUUAUUAUUUUCAAUUAUCGAAAAUGGUCUGUGCGUCUGUUCUUUUCAAGUGUUUUCGUAUUGUAUCUGUAUCUGCAACGCAGCAGUAGCUGUAUCUGUAUCCACAUCUCUGUCUGUAAUUAGGGGGCGUAUUGUUUUAUAAUUCCACUGGCCCAACGCCCCUUUUCCCAGUACUUGCUCGUGGCAUAUGGCACAUGGCUUUGAUAUUAUUGAAAUGUUUUGUACCAUUGAGCGAUAAGAACGGUGGUGCUUCAACCUGCAUUUACCCAAAAUAUUACUCUUCACGAGUCAGCUGACAGCAUUGUGUAUAACUUUCUGCUGAAUUAUGAUCUGGCUAGCAAAGCUUUUAGCCAAAAGCUGUUAACUGUUUAAUUAAACAACUGCCGCGAAUGAGACGCACUGUAUCUGACUGCUGAAAUGCGAAACGAAAACAAACAUAAAGUUGGUGCCUCGCUCAGGUAGAAGUUCCGAGCCACAAGCGAACAUGAGUAAUUAUGGAAAUAUAUAAGCAAUAUGACUGAAACAACAGAUACAGUUCGUAGACUUGGCAUGAAAAAGGGAAAUUGAUGGUGCAACUGUAUGGUGUAUAUGGGCAACACUCAUAACCAGGAUAUAGUUUGAUUAUUCAGUUAUAGCUUUAAAAAUCGCAGCAUUUAGGCAACCUGUUGAACACUAAAAGACAUUUUCCUCAGAAUCUAAGUGCAUUUAACACGUCCUUUCGUUUCCACCGCAGUGCACUUUAAAGCUCAUUUAAUCUUCAUAAUUUUCACAUUAUCCCGAGCACAUUUUCCCCCAGCACGCUUUUUUUUAUUGCCAUUUUGACACAAAACCCGAAAGGCAACGGCGGCAAUGAUGAUAAUAUUUUUUUGUAUUCGAACUGUUUGCUUCUGUUGCUGUUGCUGUUGCUGUUGCCAUUGCUUUUGCUUUGACGUCGCCAUGCGGCUCAUCGUGAACUGAGUACACAAUGGCUAAAGUACAUACCAGAUACAACUACAACUACAAAAAUCAAGUAAAAUAAACCGCAGAACGAAGCGAAAAAACGGCAGCGAAAAAACAGCGUCGCCAGCAGUUUGUCACUCAAUCGCCCAGACAUCAGUCGCGUUUUCGGAUCGACUGCGAAAAAAAUACAGCGCCGAAAAAAUAGCAGCAACAAAUCGCUGAAAUUCUGAACGAGUAUCUAACAGAUACUCUCAAAUCGGAGACGUGUCGCCGUAAUCGGGGAAACACAGCCACUUGUGAGCCAAGCGGAAAUUACAAUUGCCGCGCACGCGCGUGUCAAAGUUUAAGUUCAAGACGUGCGAUCAAUUACCAGGCCCAAAUCAAUUAGUGCCUCAACAUUUCUUUAAAAAACUUUGUUAGUACUUAAUAUUAAGCGCAAUUAAAAGUGACGCCAACCAUUUGUGAAAUUCACACGGAACACACGCAUACCUAUAAGCCAAGAUACACACGUACACGUAUGAAGGCUAUGUAUGUGUAGAAUUCUGUUGAAGUAGAUCACGACGAAGAAACCGACCUCGAAAAUGGAGAGAGAUGUAACUCUUUGCGGUUCAUGCAAUAAGAACCGACUAUCCAGCGGCGUCCAAAACUGGGUGCAGUGCGACGUAUGCAAGGCAUGGUACCACUUCGCCUGCGUUGGAGUCGAUGCCUCUAUUGCACAGUCACAAUGGACGUGCGACUUGUGCAAACUUGUCGACGAUACCCCUUCCACCUCACAGCAAGCCGCUUUACAACGCAACGAACUGACAAAUACCUUGCCGAAAGAUGGCGACAUAAUACAAACCGAAUCCAAUCCCAAUAAGCCAGCUGAGACAUCAUAUAUUCCAUGCUCAAAAAACUUGAUGAUAGAGAUGCUAGAAGAGACACGCCAAGUGGAAAAGAAAUAUAUCGAGCAGAAAUAUGCAAUACUUGCACAGCAGCAGGGGACACAGGAAAGACACAUCCUAUCAUUUGGACCAACUGCAUCCCAACUAGCAGCAAGGCAAAUAUUACCAGCGGAUCUGCCGACUUUUAAUGGCAACCCAGCAGACUGGCCAAUUUUCAUAAGCAUGUACGAGAACAGCUGCUCGGUAGCUGGAUUUUCAGACGCUGAAAACAUGCUUCGUCUCCAGAAGUGUCUCAAAGGGAAAGCCUACGAAUUGGUUCGUGAUAAGCUGCUACUGCCGGCACUCGUCCCGGAGGUUAUCAAGACGCUAAAAACCUUCUUUGGACGACCAGAACAGAUCCUCGACCGGCUCAUCGACAAAAUCCGUAAAAUUAGUAUACACAAAGAUAGAUUGGAGUCCCUAAUCGACUUUGCGAUGGCAGUGCGCAACGCGUGCGCCACAAUGGAGGCCUGUAACCUGUACGCACAUCUUGACAACCCAAUGCUUCUGCGCGAGCUUGUUGACAAGUUGCCCACUCAGCAUAAAUUAAGCUGGGCCAUGCAUCCACGCAGUGCUUCUAUCCCUGUUGUAAAAUCAUUUAGCGACUGGAUAUACAAUUUAGCAGAAGCAGCCUCCACAGUCAUACCUGCACAAAAUUCAUGGAGCGUGAAUACCCACACGCACUUAUCAACCGGAGGAAUGUGUGAGUCCGAAGACGAUCAGAAGAAGGACGACGCCAAACCGAACCCUUCAUGCGUCAUGUGCAACUCCACCGAACAUUACGCCGCCCAAUGCGAGAAAUUUAAAAGUUUGCCUGUUCCGGAGCGACAUCAUAUAAUCAACGACGCCAAGGCCUGCUACAGAUGCCUAAAGAUGCACCGUCGCAAAUGUUUCUCAAAACGCGAUUGCGGCGUUGAUAACUGUCAAUCAAAACACCACCCUCUCCUUCACAGGGAAGCUCCUAAACCCGAACUCGUCAGUACCCACCAUCAAGAAACUGGCCUCGGUGAAUCAUACUUUCGAAUCCUGCCGGUAACACUAUAUGGGAGCGGAGCAAAGGUCGACACGUAUGCGUUUUUGGACGAGGGCUCAUCUGUAACACUUAUCGAUGAAGGAAUUCUGAAGCUCCUCAAGGUUCCUGUGUCCUCUGAACCACUUUGUCUGCAGUGGACCGGAGACACCACCCGUACGGAGGAAAUGUCUCUCAAAGCCCAGGUAAAAAUAUCGGAGAUGGGGAGUGGAAGAAAACUGUGGCUCAACAACGUGCAUUCAAUCAAACACCUUGCCCUACCUAAGCAAACCGUUGACGCACAUAAACUUGGCAGCAAAUACAAGCACCUACAUGGAUUGCCCAUAAAAUCAUAUUGGAAUGCUGCACCGAUGCUUCUAAUUGGCGCAAACAACUGGACCUUUGCUGUUCCGCGCAAAAUUCGCGAAGGAAGACGCAAUGAGCCUAUCGCCUCAAAAUGUAUGCUAGGAUGGAGUAUUCAGGGCACAAGUAAUGCCACCCAAAAUUAUUCCCUUCAUCACUGCGUUUGCAACUGGGACGACAUCGACAAGACGGUAAGAGAAAGCUUCAACACAGACCCUAUCACACCGCGGGAGCUUUUCUCUAAAGACGACAAAAAGGCUACGGAAAUUCUGGAGGAAACAUGCAAGAAAGUAAAUGGUCGCUAUCAAGUUGGACUGCUCUGGCGAGACAAAAAUGUAAUUCUCCCAGAAAGCUAUUCAAACGCACUUAAACGACUCGAAUGUCUUCGACAAAAAAUUAACAAGAAUCCAGAGCUAUUCAAUCAAAUUCAAGGCCAAAUUGACAACCUAGUCGACAAAAACUACGCAUUCGAACUGGAAACCAAAGAUAUAGCAGAGGACAUAAACCGUGUGUGGUACCUCCCUAUAUUCAUUGCUCUAAACCCAAACAAGCCAAAUAAAAUAAGAUUGGUUUGGGAUGCAGCUGCAAAGAGUCACGGCAAAUCCCUUAAUGACUUUAUGCUGAACGGACCCGAUUUCUUAAACCCGCUAACCGAGGUUCUUAUGGCAUUCAGAGUAGGUCGUAUAGGCGUGUGCGCGGAUAUCGCUGAGAUGUUUCAUCAAAUAACUAUCCAGCAAAGCGACAUGCAUGCUCAAAGAUUUCUGUGGCUUAGCAAGGGCAACAAAACUCCCCGCACAUUCGUCAUGCGGGCAAUGACAUUUGGAAUUUGCUGCGCGCCCUGUAUUGCUCACUAUGUGCGGGACAAAAACGCACAGGAGUUUAAGGAUCAAUGUCCCCGAGCUUUCGAAUCAAUUACAAAGGCUCAUUAUGUGGACGACCUUAUAGACAGCUACACCGACGACUCUGAGGCGAUCGCAGUAACAUCAAAAGUCCGAGACAUUCAUGCUGAGGGAGGAUUCACUAUAAGAAAUUGGAUCUCGAACUCUACCGCUAUCCUCAAACAUUUUGGAGAGUGGCAAAUAGCCGAACAACAUCCCAAAGAACUUGGUGGCCCGGAGAAGGUUCUUGGUAUGUAUUGGGAACCCUCAAACGACGUUUUUAAGUAUACUUUUAGAUUCGCGAGACUUAAAAGAGACGUCCUAAAUGGAGAAUCCAUACCAACAAAACGAGAAGCCCUACAAGUAUUAAUGUCGAUUUUUGAUCCCUUGGGCCUGUUAUCCUGCUACACGAUCGGCCUUAAAAUGCUUCUGCAAAAAGUAUGGCGUGCAGGCAUAGACUGGGACGAAGAACUGCCCGACGCCCUGUUCACGUCAUGGCAACAAUGGAAAACGGUCCUGCUUCAAGCUACCGAACUGGAAUUUCCUCGCUUCUACUCCACUUUGCUGCCGAAUGCCGACCAGAUUGAUCUACACACGUUUGUAGACGCGAGCGAGUACGCCUACGCAGCAGUCACAUAUCUUCGUAUCAAGCGAGGAGCAGACGUCGACACAGUACUGGUAGCAGCCAAAUGUAAGGUCGCCCCACUAAAACCAGUCUCAAUACCACGCAUGGAACUACUGGCCGCUGUAAUUGGAGUGGGCCUCGCCAAAAAGGCCAUGAAUGUUAGAAGGCUCAACAUCAAUUCAAGUACAUACUGGACAGACUCUAAGACCGUUCUACAGUGGCUUGAUAUGGACCCACGGAAAUUUCAAGCCUUCGUUAUGCAUAGAGUUGGGGAGAUAAUCGAUAACACAAGUCGAAACCAAUGGCGAUGGAUUCCCACAAAGCAAAACGUUGCGGACUCAGCUACCAAAUUUAUCAAAACACCUGACGCUAAUCGCUGGUUAAAAGGCCCUCACUUCCUAGUCAAGCCAGAAAGCGAAUGGCCACUACAAGACAUUAUUCUCGAUAACAGCGAGCCGUGUGAACUACGUAAGCAUAUCUUCGUUGUAAACAAACUAAAGUAUUUUGAUUUUGCAGUAGAGUACUUCUCUGAUUGGAGACGCCUAUACAGAGCUGUGGCAACAUUCGUGCUAUACAUUGAAAGAAUACGUGCCAAAUGUCUCGGAAAUCAACUACCGACAACGUUAGACCCGGAAAUCAUAAAUAGAGCAAAAUCGUGGCUAUAUAAACAGGCGCAAUCCAGGGUGUAUUCAGCUGAAAUAACCGCUCUAAAAAAUAAUUCAGCCAUUGACAAGUCAAGCUCGUUGAUUGCCCUGAACGUUUACCUGGACGAAGACGGCGUACUACGCAUUCAGGGAAGAAACGAUAACAUAAAUCCUGACAACGCCAUCGUUCUGUCAAAGAACUCCCAAAUCGCAUUUUUAAUUACAAAAUAUUACCAUGAAAAAUCACAUCACAUGAUGCACGAGUCAACGAUAAAUCGUAUUCGAAACGACUUCUACGUACCUCGUCUACGAGUGCUGUAUAAAACAGUUCGAAAGGCUUGUCAACUGUGCAAAAUUGCCACCGCCAGCCCCGAAGUACCUCAAAUGGCUCCAUUACCAGUCGCCCGACUAGCCUGCUUCGAGAGGCCCUUUACAUACACGGGAGUCGACUACUUCGGUCCCAUACUGGUCAACGUUGGCAGGCACAAGGAAAAACGGUGGGGAGUCCUCUUUACCUGCCUGACGCUGAGAGCCGUACACAUAGAAGUAGCCCACAAACUCGAUGUAAGCUCAUGCAUUAUGUGUCUGCGGAAUUUUAUGACACGUCGCGGGACUCCAAAAGAAAUCUUUUCUGACAAUGGCACAAACUUUAAAGCCACGGAGAAAAUGGUGAAAGAAGAACUUCAAAAGAUCGACUUUGAUGAAAUCACCAUAAAAUACGAAGCAAUUAAGUGGCACUUCAACCCGCCUGCAGCACCUCAUAUGGGAGGCGCAUGGGAACGACUAGUCCGAUCGGUCAAAACUGUUUUGAAAGCAAUCUGCCCAACAAACAACUUCAACGACGAAACUCUUCAAACCGCCCUUAUGGAAGCGGAAAGUAUCAUCAAUUCCAGACCACUAACCUUUGUCUCUUUAGAUUCAGCCGACGACGAAGCACUCACCCCGAAUCAUUUACUUCUGGGAUCGACGAACGGCUAUAAGCGUAUGGCAGAUGGCAAUACCGAUCUAAGGCUGCGUUGGCAACAAACUCAGUUAUUCGCAGACAAAUUCUGGAAUCGCUGGGUUAAGGAAUUUACCCCAAGUUUAACCAGACGCAGCAAGUGGUUUACCAAACGUCCCCCAAUAGCUAUCGGUGAUGUCGUUAUCGUUGUCGACGAUCAACUGCCGAGGAACAUGUGGCCAAAAGGACGUAUUACUGACGUAGUGAUGGCCAAAGAUGGACAAGUACGCAGAGCUACAAUAUGGACACCAAAAGGCAUCAUGGUCCGCCCAGUGGCCAAGAUUGCUGUCCUGGACGUCGGUUUAAAAAUUGGUGAAGAUCAGAAGGACGUUCACGGGGGGGGAAUGUUACCGCCGUAAUUUAAAUUCAACCGCCAACUAGGCCAAAAAGACGUAACCCUGAAAACUUUGGUAAAAGUGUUACCCAUGAUCUGCGGUUAUUGGAUAGGGCAACACUUGUUCGACACUUGAGGAAACACUGGCGAAGGAGAAGAAACAAAGUUUUUUAAAGCUGCUCGCUUGCAUAAAAUAAAUUAAAUAAAAAAUAAGUGACUGCUACAAAAGGUUGUUUCUUAUUGCUCUCCCUAGGCCCAAAUCAAUUAGUGCCUCAACAGCAAUAAUAACAAAAAACCACAAUAAUAACAACAGCAGAUAACAAACCACAUGAGGUGCUGUGGCAGAAGCAAAGUUCAAAGUGUAAAUGUGAAGUUUAUGCGAUAAUUGCCAGCGAGUUUGUUGCCAGGUAAUUUGCACUUUGAGGCGCACGAGACAGCAAGAUAAUAAUACAAAGUUAACGCAAAACUAGGUUAGAAAAUGCUACAAAAAUACACAGCAAAUUAGCUCACUUGGAAAAAAGUACUCCACAUUUGAAAAUCGUCUGGAACGCAGCGAAGCGUUAACAAAAUGAUUACGAAAAUGUCCCCAUGGAGCACGUGUGUAUACAUAUGUAUAGUAAUAGCCAUUCGGUCGACGAAUCAAUUGGUUUCGCAUAUGUCACAAGCCAUCAACAGAAAACUGUUCCACUUCGGGCCACCUGCAAAAUGGAAACUCUCGUCAAUAUUUGCACUUUCUUCUGAGUUACAUUCCAAGAAGAGAGCUGCGGCCGACAGGCGGGCAAACUUGUCUAUUUACGCAUAUUUAUGUCUAUAUGUUGGCCAUGUACAAACAAGAAGCCAUCAGCUCCGACAUCAGUCCCAGCAUCGUAAUCAUCGUCAUCAUCAUCAUCAUCUUCUUUGGGCCGUCUGUCAAUAGACUGGCAAACGUCAAUUUCAGCUGGGUCAGAAGAAAUUGAAAAUAGACAGUCGAGUCAGGUGGAAGGGGGGAGGGGGGAAAAGUCAGGAGGGAUAAACUAAAAAUUGGAAAAUACGAGUGCUUCAAGAAAAAUUUCAAGUCAAAUUUCAUAGAAUUCGCACAAGAGCUGAAGCCGCAAAGUCAAUUCUGGCCAAUUGCUUUUCGAAAAGAUAUGAAAUGCCCAAUGAAAUUGAAACUACUGCAAACUUGUAUCCAAAAAACAUACAAAAUCCCUAAUAUUGCACUUUUGUGCAAUCAAUCGCAAACUAAACCAAAUCAUUCAAGUAAUUUGAAAGAUGUUAAUAUUGAAGUAUAGCUCUUUUCACAAGACAUGAAGAGAAGUAUAAUGAUAAUUUCAAACACCAACUGAUCUAUUAUUCAGUUUUGAGGGAAACUUCCCAAGGAAACAAGCCAAACUUCAGUGUCAAACAAAUGGCGUUGCUGUAGCUGGAUAAAUAAGCUUGAAAUUUCACAAUCCUAUCGCUCGUAUAUGUCUAGGUGUCGAACAGUUGUCGGCUUGUUUAGUUUUCCAUCUCAAAACUCCCCGCCUGGGUCUAAAGUUACUUAUUUACCCUGGGCUCCCUUCUCAUUUAUUGUAUAAACACAGACAUUCGUCUCUCUAAAACUCUGCUCAGGCUGAUUAGAGCUUCGCACAGGUGUUAUAUACACAGAUAUGUAGAAAGCCCAGCAAGUGGGAGUGCCUUGGUGCUAAGUUGCGACACUUGUGAAUAUUUAAGCAGAGGAGAAAAUGUUUAAAGCAAGUAUAAGCUACAUGCCAAAAUAGUUUUGAAUUGUGCAGUUUUUUCCACAUUUAAAUUGAAUAUUAAACGUUUGCUCACAUUUCAUAGAGUGCAGUUAAUAUUCAAUGACAUAAUAUUGCUAUUAUCCAAAUGAUACACCUCAAAAUGUCAUAUGAACGGCAAUAAAAAUUGUUCGAGCGAAAGCUGGAUGGAUUAAAAUUUUUGUUUAUUUGCUUUGGAUUUUUCAAUGAUUUUAAUAACGCUGGCGAGGCUCCUUAACGCACAUAAAAAUGCAAAAUCAAACAACUGCGCUAUGCGAUCGCCAUAAUAAUCGUAACAAUAAAAGCAAAUAUGGUCCAUCUGUAUGGCCAACCCGUACGGGCGGAUCAUGUCCGUCCCAUUAGCACUCGUUGCGUUGAUGGGGGAUGUGCAACAAAUUGAAAGUAAAUAACGCAGAACGGCAAUAAAAAAUACUGCGUUAUUGCAAAAGGCCAACUGCACUCGCCGGACAAUAUGGCAAAUUAAUUAGUUGUACAAAAAUGGUAGACCAUAAAACGUCGUGCUAAAAAAUAGUGAAACGGUCGCGUGUGUGUGCAAAUAAAAUUCAAAUUAUGCACAAGUGAAUAAUUGUGGCAUUUUAAUGGCGGCCCUUGCUAAUAAAAUUGCAAA